AUGGAGCUCACUACUUAUACUCUUGCUGGCAUCUAUGCUGUUGGUGGCACUAUGGGCUAUGUUCUCCGAGGAUCUGUCCACUCCUUGCUUGUCGGAGGUGCUGUGUCUGCUCUCUAUGGAUACUCGGGCUACUUGUUGAAAGAUAAUGCGGACUGGGGCUUGAAGUUGGCACUAGGCUGCUCCACUUCGAUGCUUGCCACCGGGAUUGGAAGAGUCAUUGUCACGAGAUUUGCUAAGCCAGUACCUGUGGUGUUGUUGGUGUUGGGAGGAUUGUCCUCGACCUACUACUUUGGGAAAUACAACGAGUUUCAAGGUCUCCCUUGA